UACAGCGACUGCACUCAAGUAGACUGGAAUAUCACUCUGGGUAUUGCAGGAUGGGUGAGCUGCCCACUUGGAAAGUACCUGAAAGGAGUUUUAAGGGCGCAUAUCAGCAACUCCGACGGUAUCGAUAAUAUCAAAGCAGGGCAAUGCUGCAUUCCACCUCAUGAGUUUCUGGACGAGGAUACUGAGUGUAAAACAGAGAACUGGAAAAAAUUAUUAAGCAGGUAAGUGUUUGUGUAGAUUUAUGCCUGACUUUCUUGCGCAACGGUUCAAGACACUUGGAAAUGUAGGCAUGUGUUGAUAUCUAUCCCUUUUAUCUCGUUUUGCGUUAAAUUUUCUCAAACGUUGUUUUGUUUAGUCGGUACCCUGCGUCUAAAACAGCAUUAAUUUGUUCAAGAAUUUCUUGUUGUGAAUCCCUCAGCUAUCUUUAGAAGUAUGAGAAAGAUAAACUGAAGGAACGAGAAGACGAAACAUCCUGAAUUGGUUCUCUGUUAUCUUCAAGUGACUUCCUUUGUUGUUCUUCAGGUCUUUCUUGUGCACCUCACAAGCAGUACGAAUUCAUUAUUGAUAUCAUCCCUAAAAUGUUUCCUUUUCGUCGUGAAAAAGGUCAAAAUGUCAGUCAUCCUACCGCUCGCCGUCAGUUUUAUCUGGAUGUUCAUCCUAAAUUGACUGAUCAUGAUUUCAAAAAUAACCACCAAAGGGAAACUUCACCUAGAGUGCCGAAAGUAACCGUGGAUUGUGCCCUAUAUAUGUUUGGUCUGGAAAACCCAUGCAGUGCUAAAACCAGACGUAACCUGACUUCUCGAGUUUUCACGCAUUGAUUCAUGCAGUUUGGUACCAUUUAAUGAAUAUCGUUUAUCUUUCUAUUUUUUCCUGAUUCACGACCGAUGUGAUGAAGAUAAUCCGGCUCCGCAAACUUACGUAAACAGGUAGAAAAAGAAGUUUGCAAUGAAGCCUCGAUAAUUGUUGGUCAGGCGUGGAGCUUUGAUUGGCGACAUAAAGGUGAAAAAUCCAACGCAUAAGAAAAUGACGAAUACGAAUAUUUAGUUAUUAAAAUUUUUUGUUUUCAAUCAAGAAACCACAAGUGGGCUUCCUGUCCUGAAGACUAUGAUUUUCUACGAGGAUUUUAUCAUUCAAAUGAAACUUUUUCGGACAACAUCGAGCAAGCCUUGUGUUGCAGGCCAAAGACCUACAUAAGUAGGACCACAGAUUGCUACCUUGAAGAUGUGGGACAAAAACUUGAUACAGAGGGCUGGAACACGUGCCGAGACUGGUAUUACAUGGCUGGAGUGUACAGAGGAGGGUGCAAUGCCUUAAGCUGUAUUGAGACAUUUAAGUGCUGCAAAAUUACGGCACAAGGUAUUCGUUAUCAUUAAAAUACAAUAUAACGUUAGGAUUCUAAUAAGUAAAUUCUCUUUUUGCCAAUGCUUCAACAAAGGCCAGACUAUGGUGCAUCACAUAACCAUGAACCAUUGCACUGCCUGAGACUGAGAAUUUGAUGAUGACUUUCGCUAACGUUUUCAAAAUCGUCUGACACUGGCACCAAAAACAGUUCCUUCUAAAGGUAAACACUCCCACUACAGUUUUGCCUGACAUUUGCCUAUCGAUCAAUUUUUUCUCUUUUUGCAGAUGGAGUAGUUCUAGAUCACUGGCUGCUUAACGGUCAAGAUGGGAAUGUAAGGUAUUUUUUAAAAUUUUGUGAUUUGAGUAUUACCAGGAAGUAACAGUAACAUACCUGACAGAUAAAUGGAAAAUUGCAUAUUUCGUUCUUCAUAUGGUGCCAUAUUUUUAAUGGUGUGAUAAGUCAGGUACACAAGUGAAGUAGUUCUUUCCAUAAAUUAAGAUCGUCCUUCGAUCUCGAAGGGAUCGCAUAAAUUCAACACUUUUUUGCUUCAAUUACAGUUUAUCUGGUUCGCCAUCUUUCACCAAGGGUCGAUGCGCCAGCAGCAACACUAUCACUUUUAACCAAUCGAGUUCCUAUGCCAGCGUGCCUCUAAUAAAUCUUGGAGGCCGCAGUUUUACAAUUGCCUGUUGGAUUAAACAAACAAAAAGCGUUAAGGAUGAGACUGCAGCAAUAUACGGUGACUGGCGAGGACCAUGGAAUUUUUUGCUAAGUCUAAAAAACCGAGAGAUUAUCUUCCAUCGUCACAGAGAAGGAUACGGAGAAAGCCAAUGGUGGUCCGCAGGAAGUGCUGAUGUUUCUUUUGACGCGUGGACCCACGUGGUUGUUAUAUGGGAUCAUAAAAAAACCGCCGUGUCGAUAUUAGCCAACGGGUUAAAAGUGGGGGAGAACUCUUUUUCAUCAGAGGAUGCGUUUUACGGACCUACAGGGAAUCGGUACCAGAUCGGUGAUGACGGGCACUGGGAUGAUCAUCAGUUCUAUGGAUCAGUGAUGGAUCUUUAUGUGUUUGGCUCGGCACUGUCGCUGGAACAAGUCAACAAACUAAGAGGUGAAUUCUAUUGAUUAAGAAAAAUUUAUCCGAUGAAUCUUCAUAUCAGGAUGGUAAAAUAGAAUAGUGAUGAGUUACACCGUCUGUAUUAACAUCCUUCCCCUCCCCUUCCCAUGAGCUUAUUGCAGACCUUGAAUCUUACUAAUCAUUUAUCAAAUAAUUUUCUAGGAGUUCCGCUUAUCGUCAACACGACCAAGAGUGUAUCAGGGGGGGACGUCCUAGUGGUGUGGGAACCUCCUUUGGUAGGAGCAUGUCCGGUUGUCAAAUACAAUGUGUAUUACAGAGAGGUUAUGUCAUCAGCGAGACAACAAGGCAACUGGUACUCGGUAGAGUUGGACGGAAGUCGCACAAGUUGUACGCUUCAUUUGAGCUGCAGGAAAGAAUACAAUGUGUCUGUUACCUCGAUUAGCGAAUCAGGGGAGAGUCCAUUCAAUGACAGCAAAAUUUGGAAUUUCCAAACCACCGGAGGUAAUAACCUUAACAAAGUGAAACUUUGAAGUCGAUUGCACUGAAGUUGCAGUGGCAGAUCCAGAUCAAGGGUGGGGGGGCGGUUUUUUGUCGCUUGCCCUGCCGGCUCUCCCUCCCCUAGAUCUACCACUGAGUUGUAAAACUAUGUCAGGAAUGUACCGUAAAGUACAUCAAACAGUAUUUCCACAAAAAGAAAAAAUUCUCUCAUUUCAAGCGGUUUUGAAUGCACGAGAGAGUAAAAUUUUAAUUUCUGUUGAACACUUGUUGCGAUUAUUCAUCCAUAAAUCAAUCGUAAUUGUGCAGCACUUUUAUGUCUCAAAGAACUACCUUGUUCUAUUCCCAAAGAGGUUUACAAACACCAUCUAAUUUCUUUUUGAAGGCAUUCCUUCACCUCCAAUUAUAACUCCUAUGAAACAAGAAAUAUCGAGUAACAAUAUCACCUUAUCCUGGAGUCCUCAAACAGCCAAUGGGUGUCCGCUGACCAUGUACUCAAUACAUUAUCGACUGAUUUAUCCGGGAGGAGCAGGGGAGUCCUGGAACCAAGUCAAUGUCACAAAUGUUACGAAGACAAGCCAUACUGUAUCGUUAGAGUACGAGAGGCAAUACACAAUUGAAAUGUCGGCGUGGAAUGAGCUGGGACAGAGUGCAAGGUCGAGGCCAUGGAUAAUAACAACAGCAUCAUCAGGUACUUAAAAUAUAUUUUUUGUCUUUUCUCCUUAUUUUUCUUAUGUCUUAUAACAAACUUGAACUACGGGCUUGCAAGCGAAGUCUGUAAUAACGAUAUCGUUCGCCCGAGAUGAUAGAGGGUAUUUUUUCUUGGGGCUGAACAGAGCCUUUUUCACAACGAGCUUGUGGAAAAAAAAAUUGGUCAUGUGGUCUGAUCGUUCAGGUGAGAGUGGUCCCGGAAAGGAUUGACUAAUGUUAGCAGAGACUGACGUUUCGAAAGCCUGAGCGGACGUCAUCAUCAGAAUCAAAUGAAGGUUCUUUGCAAGUCGAGCGCCAUAAGUGUUUAAUGUGCUUGAUAGAAAUAGCUAAACUUAUUAGCGAGAGUAAUUAUGUCUUCAUGAAACAUCACGAACAUACGUAAAUUCUCAGAAAAUAGCUUAAUUAAAGGAACAUAGGAGAUGUCCAGCAACAAGAGAGAGAAGUAGUAUUUUCGAUCAAUAACGGGAACGGAGAAAUUAAUGAUAAACUUCAUCUUGAUUGUAGGUUCAGUUGAUAGGACUACUGAAAACGACACGGUUAAGUCUUCAGGCUCAGGCAGUGGUAAAAUCCUUUCAACGCCACAGCUUGCUGGUUUAUUAGCGGGUGUUUGCAUCCUUCUGUUCGUAGUUUUUAUCGCAGUAAUCUACCUGAGACGUGCAGCAAGAAAAAGCAGAAAACAUGCUUCUGCCCUAAGGCUCAGGAGGUAACAUUAACCAUUUUUGUACUUAAAAAAUAUCGUUUUGCAAAAUUGCCUUCUUCUUUUAAUUUAAAAUUUGAUAUCAAAGAAGGCUCGUGGCAGUUGAGCGCGGGAUAUACUUCAAUACUACUAAUACCUACUUACACUUCAGAUCGAAGUCCACCAUUUUUACCCUCCAUAACUGGGAAGUUCUUCCGGAGCAGGUUGUAUUCGGGGAAGAGAUUGGUCGCGGGGCAUUUGGUAAGGUAUUAAAAGGCACCUUCAGAGAAUCACCUGGAACUGAGGUCUUCAUCGAGCCUAGAAAUAAGACGGUCGACUUCAAACCAGGAGAAACAGUGGCCAUUAAACUCCUGGGAGGCAAGUUGUUCGGACUUUAA